CAGAGCGCUCCAAUGUUGGCAGGCGCUGCCGGCCCCCUUGAGCAGUCCCAGUCACACGCGCGGAUUGGCCCCCAUCCCCAGCCUCGUCCGCACUGAUCAGCCCGCCCCCUCGUGCCCCGCCGGGAUCGCUCCACCCACCCUGAGGUCAUGGAUUUGAUUUUUCACGAAAAGCAAGAAGGCGCCUUGUGUGCCCAACAUUGCUUAAAUGCAUUGCUUCAAGGCCAUUAUUACACGGCCGUCGAUUUGGCAGACUUGGCUCAACAGCUCGAUGAAGCGGAGCGUCGUCAAAUGGCCGAGGGUCAAGACCCGCAUUCGCCCGAAUAUCAGCGGAUCCAAAGUGCCUUCAUAUGCAACUAUCGAGAGCAUUGGUUUACCAUCCGUCGCAUCGGGAACCAAUGGUUCAAUCUUAAUUCCCUCCUUACCGGUCCAGAACUCGUGUCAGACACCUAUCUUUCAUUGUUUCUUGCUCAAUUGCAGCAGGAGGGUUACACAAUCUACAUUGUAACUGGUCCACUCCAAGACUGUCCAGCUGAUUCUGUUCUUCGUCUGUGUCGGGCAACCCAAUUGGAACGACCCAAACUGAUCACGGAACAACGACAAACUCAAUCUGGCCAACAAUCUGGUUCCAGGCGAGAUCCGAGAACCAUGCAAAGCCCUCAGCAACCUCCUGAAUCCCCUCAGGUUUUUGCUCCCACCAUGUCCGAAGAUGAUGAACUUCAAAGAGCGAUGGCAUUAUCCAUGGACCAAUUUGGGGCUGCCGGAGGAGAACCCAGGAGAAGUGAGGAGGAUGAGCUUCAGCUUGCCCUGCAACUCAGCCAAUCGUUGGUGGGGCCAGAACGAGGCCUCUCUGACCCUAGCACGCCCAUGGAUUUCCCCACCCAGGAAAGUUCCCUGACGGACCAAUCGUUCGUCAUGAGCGAAGAAGACGAUAUCCAAAGAGCCAUACAGAUGAGUUUGGAGAAAAAACAAGAGGACCUGACAUUCUCAGGAGCACCUAAAUCCAACCCCACCAAAAAAGAGACACACAUCGCCAAGAGUCGAGCGAACCAAUCCAAAGAAACCCCAAAAUCCUCGCAACAGGAACAAAUGUAUUCUUCACCCAGCUCCAGGUUCAGCAGUUCCAGCUAUCGGAGUGCCAGUGCUGCCAGCUCCGCCAGAUCCAGUGGUGAGCCGCCUCGAAUGGCCACUUUGGCGUCUCUGAAGAAAGAGGAUUCCCCACCCUCGCACCGGCCUUCUGCCGCCACGUUUGCCAAUGAUUCUUUGACCAGGUCUAGGUAUGCCAAUCCCAGCUUACCAUCCACCUACACCCCUCCCUCCCGAUUUGUGGGACGCGGUUCGGCUGCCCCUUCUACGUACACGCCUUCCUCGAGGUACUCAGAGUCCUUGAUGGAACAGAGCGGUCAAAGGCUGGGUGGUGUCCGCCCAACUGGGGCAAUCAGUGGGGCCUAUCGAGGAAUCCGCCAAUCCACUCCAGACAAGGAUGAGGUCCGGCAACGUCGUCUGGCGUUUUUGGAUAAGAUGGAGCGAGAAAAACAAAACCAGCCGGACAUUCCUUGAAACUUUUCAAUGUGAAUCCGUAACACUCCUGGCUACCGUCCAAGACAUACAUUUUAACAAGAAGAAAAAGAAAGCCAUCUAGAGAUUAUUAAUGAAUAAUGAAUGAGUAAUGACCUUUGUGCAUGUUGCUGAAAUGAAAUUCAUAGUUAUAAAUUGGUUCGAUUUAUGAGAAAACAAUCAGAGUAAGGCUCAUCUAUCUAUCUA